AUGGCAACUAUCAGAAGGAAGCCCGUCGCCACGCCGGACGCGCAAAACCUCUCACCUCAAGACGACGACUACGAUGAUCUCGAGCAAGAAGAAGACUUUGACGUUCCGAUCUUUCCGCAAGCCCAAUACCGAUCCCGGCAAUAUGACCCGGUUCCCCAUGACGGAGAGAUCGGCUUCACCGAUGUGCAGCGAACAAACUCGCCAUUACGUCCCAGUGAGGAAGAGCUUGCCGACGGGGGCCAGCCCUAUGUGCCUUCGUCUAGCUCGUCCAGCCGCCAGAUCAAGGGUACAGCUACUGUUCGGAGCUCGGCAUGGACACAGGACCCGGCAUGGGGCAAAGGCGCCAAGCUGUGGACUCCUUUAUGGCUCACAAAGACAGUUUUGGUGAUUUUCGUGGUCGUGUUUUCUUUGAUGCUCCUGGCGACUGCUCUUCUCUUCCACUUUUCGCAAAAGAACAACGGCAUCGGGGUGCAGAAGGAAGUCAACCACUAUGGUUGGAAAUACGGCCCAACUGCCUUGUUGGUCAUUGUGGGCGCGCUUUGGCGACAAGUCGACUACGCCAACAAGAUCCUUACGCCCUGGAAAGAGCUCAGAGACGGCCCGACAACUGCCGACAAGUCUCUUCUCCUGGACUACAUCUACCCUCUCCUGCCGACAAGUCUUUGGAUGGCGUUGAAAAACAGGCACUGGGCUGUGGCAAUGUCAAUUCUUGGCCACCUCUUGAUACUAGGAACCACCGUCUUUUCAACUGGCUUGUUAAUCCUCGAGCCAACCGAAAUGUCGCGAGAAAGCGGCGAGUUCAGGAUCAAAAGCGAAUUUAAGCUAAACGGAGCGUGGAACUACACUCUUCUCAGCAAUAUUGGCCCUGCCGCGACCCAGCUGUACUACGGAAUCAAUUUUCGAGGUCUCCAAUUCCCACAGGGGACAUCUGAAGACAUCCUCAUCCCAACCUUGGAAGCGCCCGUUGACAACAGACUCGGCCAUGUUAACUUCACCACUUCACUUGAGGGCAUCAAGAUUGACUUCGACUGCGAACUGCUGCCUCUGAAGAAUGGCUCGGCGGUCAGCAUGCCUUGGCGAAGCAUCCUCGCAGAAUUCUUUGUCACGGACAUUGAGACUUCAGACUGCAAGAUCAAAGGCGUGCCGGUCGCCGAAGGACCCGAUCAUGGCUACUACCACCAAAAGAACGGGACCCAAAAUUACCAGGCGCAGUUCGAGACCUUCCCUUGCAAUGUCGACUGGGACUUCAGCCAGUAUCCUGGUAGAUCUAACGCCUCCUACAUCAACAUGAUGACAAACAGUAGUCUCGACCAGCGAGUCUUCAUGUCGGUUGCUGACCUGCGUUUUGCGGCCUACAACUCGAGCUACGACCGACCGAAAUACCUUUACAUAAACAAGCUAACAGGGGCUCUGUGUAAACCCAAAUAUCAAGUCAAUCAGUUCGAUGUCCAUACUUCAAGCGCUCUGAAUGGUUCUGCUUUGGUCAUCCCGUCGCCUACCACUGCCAAGGAUCAACGGGUAGAGGGACUCUCGAACAGUGCUAUUGGCAUGGCUGUCCUGCAGAGUGCGUGGAGUUGGAGGUUGGGCACCGGCGGGCAAGACUACGUCUUGUCUGAGCAGGUGCCAACGUUCUUCCAGCUCAUGACCCUCAAGAGUGAAAGCCCGACUAUCGGCGACUACAUGGAUGGAGACCUGCUUGUCAAGACCGGCGCCAGCGUCUUUAAGGGUAUAGCCACACAGAUUUUGCACCUGCUAGCAGUCCAACCAGCAGACCGAAACGUCACGGGCGAGAUACGGUUCACAGAGAAUCGCUUGAAAGUAAAGGAACUCUCCACAGGCUUCAUGUGCUCGUUUCUCGGACUGCUUGUCAUCAUUUCCGCGGGAAUGAUCUUUGUCAGACCCCAUUCCGCGACACCUCACGAGCCCGGCUCCUUGGCCGCCACGUCGACUAUUCUCGCAUCCAGCCCAAGUCUGGAGCAGCUCCUAUCAAGCGUGGCAACAUCUUCGCAGCGUGCCAUUCGGCGGUCAUUGUCCACAUUCACAUUCCGAAGUGCCGUGGCAGAGUCCAAUGGUACCGUCUGCUUCGAGAUUCAACCAACCCAGUCCAGCGAGAGUGACACGGAGCGAAUGAUCAAGGACGACAACCCUAAAGCAGUUACCUGGUGGCGCCCCGUCGCCGGAACAAAGUGGUUUCUGGGACUGUCUAUAUCGCUUCCCUUAAUCAUCAUCGCGGCGCUUGAGAUUGUCCAACACUUCUCGAACACGCAGAACGGCUUCGUCGAUGCUGGGCCAAAUAACGCUCUGGUACUCGCAACGUACAUACCUGCGGCGGUAGCCCUCAGCGUGGCCAGCAUGUACGCGGGCUUGGAGUUGCUGGCUGCCAUCUUCGCGCCGUAUGUGGCGCUCAAACGAGGCUCGACUCCGCCCGGCCGAUCCAUUUACACAAAUCUUGUGGGCAAACUGCUCCCCGUCGCCAUGUUCGCCAGCCUGAGGGCUCGUCAUUUAGCAGUGGCCGUGGCACUCCUCUCGAAUUUCAUCGGUGGAUUCCUGACCAUUGUGGUCUCGGGCCUCUACAGCGCAUCCGAUGUGCCAUUGACACAGCAUGCCGACGUACGUCAACUGGACAAUUUCAACCUUACGGGAGUCGAUUUGUCCAUAAACGACAAUCAAGCCUCUGCAAUCGAUAGCCUGAUCGAGUUUCUCGGCCUCGAUUAUACACAGUGGACAUACAAGAACCUUGCCUUCAAUCAGCUCAACCAGUCAACGGUUUCAGUCAAGAAUGCAAGCGCUGAUGCACCAUUGACCGUUAGCGUUCCUGCCACGAGAGCCGUGCUCAACUGCACUCGCGUCCCGACAGGACUUCGUCGAAUAAGCUUGGUUGAUACUACACAGGAUUCCAGUAUGAUGAGGACUUUACCGGGCGGCAAUGGGUUCCAAAACCCACGACCUGGAAGAAUGUAUGUUGGCUUCAACACAACCCUCAAGCUUGAAGACUGGUGCGACAAGCCGCCAAAGUCCAACAGCAGUGAGUGGACGUGGAUGCAGUAUUUCAGUAUUCCAAACACGACGGAAUUUGCCUACAUCGGGAAAGCAUCCACAAUGAUUUGGAACAAUAACAUGGCCUGGGGAGAUGGACCAGUCGACACGGACCCAUCAAGAGGGUCUGGAAUGGGUGCCAGCGGCCUUGUGAUACCUGACAAUGGGUGCCCCAGCUUCGCAAUAACCCUGGGCCUGAUCAGGGCGGAAUCCGCAAGGAAGGUGGGGAACAGCACACGCUGGGCAUUCGAGCAAAACCUGGAGUCUCUCCUAUGCUAUCAGCACGUGGAGGAGGUCCAGUCGAACGUUACGUGGCACCUUCCAGGGUUCGUCAUCGACCCCAAAACUCCGCCCAUUACAAACGAAAGCACCAGUCGGAAACUCAAGACAGAGAGUGGAGGCGAAAGGUUCACGUUUGCCGUGAACUCUUUCCUCAUGGGACUGAGCGAUUCAUACUACAAUAAGACCAUACCGGGACCUGGAAACGCGGAUUCCUGGAACAAUGACGUUGACAAAUUCGUCAACGCUCUGGUCAAUGCCAAAGACGGUCAGGCCAUAACCAAUUUUAUCGGAAAGGAGCACGCCGACGACCUGGCCAAAGCCGCCAACAAACUCUAUGGCGUGUACAUGUCACAGGCCAUUUCACUGAACAUGCGAGAGAAGCCCGUGGAUGGCCAAUCGCCGUUGCCAACGUACAGUGGUACGCUGACUACGUCGGGUCGGCUACGUUUGCAUCAAAACAGCGGACCGAAAAUUGCGCUGCAAGCGAUGCUCGCCAUCAUGGUUGUUUGUGCAAUCGUGUCGAGAUGGCUCUUGAGAGUCGGCGAGGUGCUGCCCCACGAUCCGUGUUCGAUCGCUGGCAAGGCCGCUCUGCUGGCAGGGGCGGAAAUGGCGACACGGAAAUUCGUGCCUCCGGGCGAGGAGUGGAAGCAGCCCGCGGAACUCCGUCGAAAUGGUGUCUUCAAUCACAGUCUGUACAGCCUCAGGUGGUGGCGUGACGACGAGAAAGUCAUCGGGGGCAAAUCGCGGUACGGAGUUGAUGUGGAGGGAAAUUGA